CUGUCUGCCCGGGGCGCUUCGGGCCGGCAGGCGCUCCGCGCUCCCGCAGCUGCUGCGGUGCCGGCGCUGCUCGGUGUGUGCGGGCUCUGCGGAGCCAGCCCGGCGCUGGCGCUGCGGGAGGCGCUUGGUCGGCCUUCGGGGUUCGGUGUCUGUCCCGCAGCGCAGGCUCCCGCCGGGGCUCCUGAGCAGUGCCGCUGCGCUCCUUGCCCCGCUGCCUGCCCGCUGCCGCAGGGCGGUAGGGUGCGGGCCCCGGAAACGCAUGGGAGAGGCCGCGAUCAAAUUGCUCCUGGAUGCUUCGUGGCACCCUAGGAACUCCUCCAGUGUGACCAUGUGCCAAUGGAAAAGGCUUUGCAGGUGUGAAUGGGGGUCAUGAUUCCUCGCUGCCCUGAGAACCUCUGGAUCCCCGCUACGAGAAGUGCAGGUAUGAAAAAUACAUUAAGGAAAAAAAUGAGUGAACUGGACCAUGGAACAUUCUUUGCAACUCGUAGGGUUAGUGAUGUAGAAAAUCUGGUGAUUCUGAUGAGGAAUGGUCUCGGCAGGCAGAAGUACAAGCCAGUUGACUACAAACAUCUGUAUGAACUCUCUGCGGCAGAGGAAAGGGCAUCUGCAAAAAUUCAGUUAAAGGUAUGAAUCGUUUAUUUUUUAUUAAAAAGAGCGGAGCAAGUUUCAAAAAUUAACAAAGAGCAAAUGCUGCUGAGGCAGCAUCGGCAAGUGUGGUGGCAAGAACACAAAAGGCUGAGUGAGAGCAGGCAAAAAGCAGAAGCAGAAAUAAAGACUUUUCUGAUGAAAAGCCAUAAGCACAGCUUUUUCUUGGAUAUGAAGGACUUGGAAACCGGAAUAUCACAGGAGCGGGACACGUACCAAAGAAAUACGGUAGUUCCUGUGCAGCUAAAAGAGAAUGUGAAACUCAAGCUGUCUGAAAUGCAGUACCUCUUAGAAGAACCGUGUCAAUCUAAGUUCAAUCCAGAUGAGAUGCUACAGCAGAUCAAAUCUGGGAAGAAGCAACAAGAGGCAAAUUUGGCAUUCCUUGUCCUUGGAAGUCUGGCUUUGGAAAGAGAGCUGGAAGACUGUAAACCAAAGUAAGCAUUAGUGCAAUCUUUCAAAGAGAAAAAUGGGCGUUUCCUUGAAGUUCCUUCAGCACUGCUGUCUUUGGACUGCCCCUAUCCUGAUGUGAAGAACUUAGCCAUCAGAUACCGAAAGCUCGCAAGUGGGUACUGGUCUAAGCUUCAAGAGCUGAUGAGCAGUUGGAAGAUUUCUUACAUGAACAUUGGAUGGAAGGAAGAAGACCAGUGGGUUUUCCAGACUGUCAUCAACCAGAAUCCAAGUGGUCUCCAGAGGAGGAGGAUUUUGUACCUCGAUGCGCUGCAGAGAUACCUUCCACACAAAUCGAGGCAUGAGCUGAUUGCUUAUGAGAAGGCUUGGCAUCACUACCACUUCAUCAGGAAACAGCGCAGAGUCUUGCUGUCAAACUGGGCUCAGGCCAGGAAAGCCUUUCUGUUUAAGGCUGUGGCGAUGGCCGCCGAAGCCUCUGCUGCUCAUGAGACAGAAGCUGAGUUGGCCAAUGCCAGACGAAAGCAACAGGAGUUUUGUGCUGACCUGAAAGCAAAGGUUCUGCAGUGGAAAGCACAGCAGGAAGAGGCUGCUAGGCUGGAAGCUGCUGUAGCUGCCAGAAGAAGAGAGAAGAAGGAUGAGGAAGAAAGGCUACAGGAAGAGCAGGAAAUGAUUCGAAGAGUUCAGGAGAAAGACAAAGUGAAAAAAUACCGGGCUGAGAAAGAGCUCAAGUGUCGAGAGCAGGAGGAGAAAGAUCUGCAGUGGCUGGAGGAAUUGAGGAAAUUAAUGGCUGAACAAGCAAUUAGAGACAAAGAAAGGGUGAAGUUUAGACAGGCAGUACUACAAAAGCGGCUGCUGGAGAGAAAGGAGCUGGCCCUACGAGAAGCACGAGAAGCAGAAGAGAGGGAGCGAUGCCUGGAGGGGCUCCGGCAGCAGGUUGCCGUGGUUGCAAAAUUGGAUCCCGCUAGAGUGCUGGCUCAUACGGUGGCAUCUAAAGCUCGGAUGGGCAUUGGAACCACGGAGGAGUUCCAGAAGCCACUGUUCAGGUUGCACACGUACAGCGAACAGCAGAUCAUUUCUGACCCUAGACUGCGUGUUGAACUAGCCCUUCGAGAAGCUGGACUUCAUAAAACACUUUAUGCAAAAGAGAUUUUACCAAAAAUCCCUCCACUGAAGCUUCCGAGAAGAGAUAUGGAAUCUACGGCUUUUCGAUUGUAGAGCACCUC